AUAUGGCUUGCUGUUCGACUAAUUAUACCAGCAGACCGUCCAAGAAGUCUGUGCUCCAAGUUUUUCGUUUUCCUCUGGAUGACCCAGACAGACUGGACCAGUGGACACUCAACACGAGGAGACAGAACUGGACUCCAAACAAGACUUCCCGUCUGUGCAGUGAACACUUCGAGAGUCAUCAAUUCAGCACUGACUCCAGGAAAAAGACACCUUUUUUCAUACAGUACCUCACAAAGAGGAUACUUAAGGAAAGUUACAACGCCUCGAUCAAUGUGAUAUUUACUCCACAGUAAAGAAGUUGUUUCACAAGAAAUUACGAUUUUGCAAAUUAUGGCACUGGG